AUGGAAAAUAUUGCGUUGACCGAUUCAAACGAUGAUCUGACGAGUGAAGUGGUUGGAGAUCAGAGUUCAUCUCAUUUACCAUCGAGAAUGUUUGCUGAACAACAGCAUGUCACAUCCGAAUUACACGAUGCAGCGAAUACGGAUGUCACAAAAGCACCAUUUGUGACAUCGGCGAAUACACCAUUUAGACCUCUUUUUCCUGCAUUGAAUAAUUCGCCACAAUUACCAUCGAAUGGUUCGCCUUUGUUAUUUCAACAGAAAGGACCUGCUAUUCCCACACCGACGAUGAAUCCACUGCUUCAAUCACCAGCAUCUGUUCCGCCAUUAUCAUCGACAUUGCUUCAACCGACACUUCGUCCACCACUUGCUUCAAGUGCGUUUCAACCACCAACAUCAGCGUUCACACCAUUAAACCCUGCGAAUACACAACUGUCAACAUCAUUGAUUCAACCAAAACUAACUAUUGGAAAUCAGUCAAAUCCACUAAUACAACCAAGUCCAUUUCCACUACCAAGACUACCAACCGUCCAAGGUUCCGAAAUGGCAAACGUUCCACCACCUAUGACGAUACCACCUCCGACACAGGACAUACCAAUCUAUCAGCCGGAUACAGGAUUCCCUCCAUCUGCACCUCCACCGCAAGAUCUAAAUCAUCCAGUACCUCCUCCACUACCACCACCACCACCCUCUCAACCAAUAGGCACAUCAGCAACUAAUCCUUUUAGUGCUCGUGCUUCAUUGACUGAACGAAUCUAUCCAAGUAUGCCAGUGUCUCAAGCUCCACUUCAACCACAGCAAUUACCUCCCCCAAUCAGUUUUCAACAGCAGCAACAACAACAGAAUCCCUUGCCAGUACCAACGAGUACAAUGUUUGUUCCACCACCGCCACCGCCUGCUGCUAACUCAACGAUACCUAAUGUUUAUCCAGGAACUGACCCUAAUACAUAUAAUCUGGCAUAUCAACCACCAGGUGAACCUAGUUUAACACCAUGGUCUAAUUAUCCACCUCAACCAACGGCAGGAUAUGAUCAACUGCAGCAAGACUCAUCUUCUGCUAAUGCUGCUGGUAUCUGGGGUUGGAUUAGUAAUAACAAAAUGUUAGCUACUGUGGUUGAGAAAGCCAAGACUGGAAUUGAAACAGUGAUCACAACGGUUGAUCCUCAAAUGAAACAAUAUAUUCAGCCUGGACAUGAAGUCCAUAUCGUAGUUACUUCAGCAAAAGAUGUGAAACUUACUCCUGUACGUGAUGCAUUUACGCAUGUGUUUGGUCGAGCAACCACUCAAGGCAUUGGUGUUCAAUCCAAUGUUGCUCCACAACCUAUCGGUUUCGAAGCUGGAUUUAAAGGCGCUCAACAACGUAUCGAGAAUCUUCGUCGUCAAAAUGUUGUUCGUCCAGAUCAAUGCGUUGUUUCAAUCGAGAAUUUCAUCGCUGAACUUGUUCCUGAUAUGUAUUUUGAUCUUGGUUAUGUACUUUUAUCUGAUCCUCUGAAUUCUAUCGAAUUACAUCUAUUUACUCAAGCCAUCCCCGUGCCUAUUGAAUAUGUCUAUCAAGCACGUGAUCGCACACCAGCUGACUAUCCAUUGAAAUGGAGUGGCUAUAUGGUGACAGUCGGCGAAGUGCUUCAUUCACAAAUGCCGUUUGUGAAUCCCGAGGAUUGGCAUGAAAUGAUGAGCGGAACAUCGCGACGAGAGAUUAUAUAUGCAACAUGUAAAACACUUGCAUCGCAUAGGUUCAAGCCGGUUAAAUCCGAUCAAUGUGAGACGAACUGUCUCUCACAGGAUGAACUUCAAUGUUUGAACAAGCUCAUCGGAAAUCAAUGUGAUAAUUUAGCAACGGCUGUGGUUCAGAUUUUACAUGAGAAUCAAAAUCGAUGGAGGAAACAAGCGUGUGGAAUUCUAUGCUUCGUGACAGAUUACGAAAAACAUAUUUAUUGUUUUCGUUUAUAUGACCUUCAACUGAAAGAAUCGAUUUAUGAAGCAUUUGUACCGAGUGAUUUACGUCUCAAAUAUAUUGUAGAUGGUUUCUAUACAUUCGAUGGCAUGACAUGCAAAGUCGGCAUUAAUUUCGCUCAACAAUUUAAUGCAGAGGUCUUUUGCAAUCAAUUUCAUGCGAAACAGGAUGCUCGACAGAAAAAAUCAUCCAUAACGACUCACCGAUUGCCAGAACAAAUCGGUUCGACAUUUAAAAGUUGGAUAUUCAAGGGAAGAAAAUCACCGGUAAUAUCUGCCCCUCUUACAUCCACUUUCGUACAUGGUGCACAUAUUGGGCCUGACGGAUCUUAUGUGAAAAAUGAAGCGCAGAGAAAGUUGUUUGAAGAAGUAUUAGCUUGCAUGAAUUUAUCCCAAGAAGAACAAACGUACGUUCGAGAGAAUAUUGAUUCGAAUAAUGGUAUCUUGGAAGAACUCUUCACAAAAAAUUAUAGCACUAUGAAAGCAACUCCCAUUUCAUACCUACCGCCGGUUCCUCCACGGCCUACUUUGACUGUUCCAAAACAUAAUACUGAAGUGCAACGAACGGCACCGACCGUUCAGCCGCCUGCACCUCCACCAAUCUUUCCUUUUACAAAUGUUCCAAUUGUAUCUGCGGAUACAUCAUCUUCAAUAGAAGCAAAACCUAUUUCAAAUGACGCCACGAAUUCAAUUCCAAAAAUUAUAAAACCGGUAGAGACUUCAGCCGCACCAUUUUCGGACCAUAUCGAGCUUGACCCGCGUGAUACGUUGCAGAUGAACAUCCGAGAAAUGCUCAAAGUCCGACGAAUUGGUAUCAUGGGUGACAAGGAUACCACAACCGAUCAAACACCGGAUGAGGAUUCAUCGACUUAG